AUGAUGGUGUUGAGGGCGAAACAGAUGUAUUUAACCUCCUCAGUGUUGAAACUGCUGUGGGAACCAGCACGUCUGACACAAGAAGCUGGCGCACGCUUUUCCCCUCACACCACCCCGGUGCCAAGCACCACCUCAAACCGCCCGAAGCCCUGCCCCACCAACGCAGCCGCAGGAAGGGCAACGCACGCGGAGAGCGGCAGGACGCGGCCCAGCUUCCGGUCUCCAUUUUACGCAGGCGACAGCGGCCGGGGGUCGUGGUGGUGUCGCUGGUGGAGGGGUCCGGCCCGGCGCGUUCCGGUACCGGGGCUCACCCACUCUCCUUUUCAUACCUGUGGAGCGCGGCCGGUGCCGCCGCCGUGUGAGCGCGAGGACGGGGAUGGGCGCCCGCAGCCUCCCCGGGAAGUUCGCCCCCGGCCGCUGAACCCCCGCCCCCCCACUACCCGGGGUGCCCAAAGGUUGAGCGGGUUCGUGUGCCCGAUUCUUCCCAGCAUGGACCAAAGCGUCGUGGAUCGCCCGGUGACCCUCAUCAUCAAGGCCCCCAACCAGAAAUACACCGAUCAGACCAUCAACUGCUUUCUGGACUGGACUGUGGGCAAGCUAAAGUCUCACCUCUCCAAAGUGUACCCCAGUAAGCCGUCUACAAAGGAUCAGAGACUGGUGUAUUCUGGCAGACUGCUUCCUGAUCAUCUGCAGCUGAAAGAUGUUCUCAGAAAAGUAAGCUUUAUAUCAACACCAUAUGAUAUUUGAUCAAAGCCCCUUUUUGAGAAAUAGGAAUUUAGAUUGGUGGUGUUUAGCUUUAUAUUGUCAUUGUUGUAUUGAGAGAUAUAACCAUAAAAUGUUUAUAUGUUCUGGAAAAUGUAUUUUCAGUUAAGUAUCGCUUGUGUGGAGGAUUGUGAUCCUUGUGGAUUGAGGCACGUUUCCAGUUGGUGGGAGCAAGCAGGCUAUGGAAGUGAUAAUGUAAUGUAGUGACUUCUUUGAACAAUUCCCACUUUAAUGUAGAUGGAAUCAUUUAACAGGUUUGUUGGUUUGGAACAUCAUUUCUUGUACAGACUUAAAUCCAAGAACUGCCGUUAAAAAUGUCUCAUGUGUAAGCAA